AACUUUAAAUAGACAGGUUUGAGAGCCCGAGCUCUCCUUUUCUUUGACUUCAGCCUCCAAGGAGCCUCAGCACUUUGGCGCGCCGGCUUCGCUUUCCUUAAGCGAACGAGAGGUGCCCAGACAUGGGUGACUGGAGUGCCUUGGGAAAGCUUCUGGACAAGGUCCAAGCCUACUCCACCGCUGGUGGGAAGGUGUGGCUGUCAGUGCUCUUCAUCUUCAGAAUCCUGCUGCUGGGGACAGCGGUGGAGUCAGCAUGGGGCGACGAGCAGUCAGCCUUUCGCUGUAACACUCAACAACCUGGUUGUGAAAAUGUCUGCUACGACAAGUCCUUCCCCAUCUCUCACGUGCGCUUCUGGGUCCUUCAGAUCAUAUUCGUGUCCGUGCCCACGCUCCUGUAUUUGGCUCAUGUGUUCUACGUGAUGAGAAAGGAAGAGAAACUGAACAAGAAAGAGGAGGAGCUCAAAGUGGCCCAGACGGACGGUGCCAAUGUGGACAUGCACCUGAAACAGAUCGAAAUCAAGAAGUUCAAGUACGGGAUUGAAGAGCACGGCAAGGUGAAGAUGAGGGGAGGCCUGCUGAGAACCUACAUCAUCAGUAUCCUCUUCAAGUCUGUCUUCGAGGUGGCCUUCCUACUCAUCCAGUGGUACAUCUAUGGCUUCAGCCUGAGUGCCGUCUACACCUGCAAAAGAGAUCCCUGCCCCCAUCAGGUGGACUGCUUCCUCUCACGGCCCACAGAGAAAACCAUCUUCAUCAUCUUCAUGCUGGUGGUGUCCUUGGUGUCCCUCGCUUUGAAUAUCAUUGAGCUCUUCUACGUCUUCUUCAAGGGCGUUAAGGAUCGCGUGAAGGGAAGGAGCGAUCCUUACCAUGCCACCACCGGCCCACUGAGCCCCUCAAAAGACUGUGGCUCUCCAAAAUACGCCUACUUCAAUGGCUGCUCCUCACCAACAGCUCCUCUCUCGCCUAUGUCUCCUCCCGGGUACAAGCUGGUGACCGGUGACAGAAACAAUUCCUCGUGCCGCAAUUACAACAAGCAAGCCAGUGAGCAAAACUGGGCUAAUUACAGCGCGGAGCAAAAUCGAAUGGGCCAGGCCGGAAGCACCAUCUCCAACUCCCAUGCCCAACCUUUUGACUUCCCCGAUGACAACCAGAAUGCCAAAAAAAUUGCUGCUGGACAUGAACUCCAGCCCCUAGCCAUUGUGGACCAGCGACCUUCCAGCAGAGCCAGCAGCCGUGCCAGCAGCCGACCUCGGCCCGAUGACCUGGAGAUCUAGAUAGCGCAUCAAGAUGCGAUUCAUUCGAUUGUGGAGGAGAAAGUGUACCUGGUGUGUUCAUUUUGUUCCCGUGGAGGUGGUACUCAACAGCCUCAGUUAUGAGGCGUAGAAAACAAAGACAUUAUAAUACCUAGGUUCCUUGGGGGUGUUUGGGAUAGCUGGGCAGAACAGGUGGGGUUAUGGGAGGUACAUAAUGCUAAUUUAAUGUAGUUGAUUCGAAGAACUUAAAUUCUAGUAAGCGUUGCAUUGGGUGAUCAUAGCUAGAUAAGGGCCUUCUCUUUCUGCCCCCCAACCGAACCUUAAGAACGGUUCUGUGUAUGUGAGUGAGUGGGUGAUAAUUUUUAUUUUUGUUUUUAUCAAGAAACGGAAAUAGCUUUGGCCAGGAAUCCAUGCUUCCUCAGCAUUGCAUUUUCCUUAUGAAACGAUAGGUUGUCCUAUGUCCCUGUUAAAAAAACAUUCCAGUGUCAAAAGCUUGGGGUUUGCAGAUCAGCGUUCUGAGGCUGACCCGGGUGUGGGUGGAACCUUGUGCUACUUACCUGUUUUUUAAAGUUCAGACAAGGCUCGAAGAAAAAGAAUGCUCGUGUAACUCCAUCUCAGCGGGUUCUUUUCACAUCUGUCUCACCUUGGUGUGGCCGUCACCCAUACAUCAUCCUCAACUAUUCCUUACAUUCACCAAAUGGUUUCUCUCAACAUUUCUAAUGGUCGUAUAAUGUCAUUUAGUGGUUUCUUUUUUUGAGUUAGCAUCAGGGAAGCAAGCCAUGCUCAAUAUUUAACAACCACUUCUACAUGUGGGUGUGCGUGUGUGGAAGAGUGUGUUCUAUGUCAUUAUUGGUACAAGCAGAGGUAGUAUAAACUCACAAAUGCAGAUUUGAAUCUAAUGCACACAGUGUUCAAAUUUGAACCUUCCUCAUGGAUUUCUGUGGUGUGGGCCAAUAUGGUGUUUACAUUCUAGAAUUCCUGCUGUGCAAGUAAAGCACGCUUUUGCCCUAAAAGUCUCCCCUCCCAUAUCCUAUUAUGGAUAUUGGUUUUGUUAAUUUUUUCCCUCCUUUUAGAAUGUAGCAAUAAUGCCAUUAAUAAAAUGAAUGAUUUUCUUUCUCUGAAAUAUAAUCAUUGAUGCUUGAAUGAUAGAAAUUUAGUACUGUAAGCAGGCUUUAGUUAUUAAUGUGAGAGUCUUAGAAAAAGAAAUGCUUAGAAUGGACUAUUAAGUGUACCUAAUGGAAUUUUGUAGUAACUGGUAAUUAGAUUUUGUCCUACUUAACUACACAUUAACUCAGAACUUGUAUUCUGAGUGUAACAGUCUUUUAGAGGGAUGGGCAACGUUGAUGCUUGCACUAAGAUUUUAUUUGAAAUACAAGAGGGGUCAAAGGAGGUUUCAGUAGUGCACAUGUAACUAAUUUAUUUGAAAUAUACACUAAAGACAUUUACCAGUUUCUUCAAAUACCUUUAAAAAAAAACUCAUUACACAUGAUUGAUGAAAUGCCGAGUAUCCUAUUUUUCUUUUUGCACGUCAGCUACAUAAAUGGUUUUGUACAAUGAAAAACUAAUUUGUUUGACAUUCCAUGUUAAACUACCGUCAUGUUCAGCUUCAUUACAUGUAAUGUAGACCUAGUCCAUCCAGUCAUGUGCUCGGGAGAGUGUUCUUUAUUCAAUAAAGUUUUAAUUUAGUAUAAAGAUA